AUGGGAGGGCCGGUUAUUUAUGAUAUCAGUAGAACGCCUUCUAUGGAACAUAGGGGCGAGCAGAAUGACGACAUUCCCAUCGACCAUCGGUGUGGGGGUGAUGAAUUCAUAGCCCGAGGCGAAUUCGAGAGUGUUGAGCUAAUCCAGGCUAAUAUUGCUCUAUGGAAAUUUGACAUUGUAGAAUUGAUUUUCAAAGUACCCGCUGCAAAGAAGCUGCUUGAACACUUUGAUCCUAGAAAGCAUUGUAACGACGACAUGAAAACGAAAAUAUUCCAUUUGAGAAUCUGCUUCUUAUACCUCUCUACUUUGUAG